AGAGGAGCAUAAUUCGAUAUCACAACCGACAACCAUGGCGGCAAAUAUGUUGCUGCAACGGGCAGCCAUGCGGUCGCUGCUGCAGGCGAGCACGAAAUCACGACCAGCUAUUCUCCGACACACAAUGUGCUUGCACAUGCAGGCCCGAUUUGCGAGCGAUGCGCCGCAUCCCCAGACAAUCAUGGACGCUGGCUUCUGGAAGUCGCUGGUCCCGAAGCCGCUGCGCAAGGAGAACCGACAAGCAAGGGCAAAGAAGAACAAGAAGAAGGGCGAGUGGAACCCUGUGACGUUUUACAUUAUCAUGUUUCUGUUCAUUGGGUCCAUGUCGAUUCAGAUGAUUGCGCUGCGCAACUCGACGGACCGGUACAAGCGACAGGCGACGGUACGCAUUGCGCAGCUCAAGGAGAUUGUGGAACGCAUUCAGAAUGGCGAGGAUGUCGAUGUGGAAAAGCUCCUUGGUACGGGCGAGCCGCAGCGAGAGACGGACUGGGAAGAAGUUUUACGAGCAAUUGAACGAGACGAAGCUACGCCGCAAAAGAACACAGAACAAAAGUCAAAACCAGCGGCAUCGAAAAAGGCGGCUACGCCAGAGCCGGAGACGGCGGAACCGGCGCAGCCUAAGAAACCGGCCAACUUUGGAAACUUCUUCUAAGAAGGAUUUAUUAUUCCUCUCUAUGUGUCUAUAUAUGUACAACACCAACACCAAUAUAUCCUGUAUAAUACAAACGCUAUUUUUAUGACAUCAUAUGGUUAAACGUGCUGUUGUUUUGUGGUCGAUGCUCAGGGUGCUUCUCAAAGUCGUGGCCGAGCUCAGUUACGAGGGUUGGUAGGAGCGGGUCAAUGGAGACUUCGGUCCGGACGCCCUCGUUGCCAAGCUGAUCGGGAUCGAGAUCUUUAAACAGUAAUUCUUCGCCUCGGACACCGCCAAUGUUGACAAUGGCAAUCGGCAUGCCUCUGUCCUUGGCCCGCUUGGCUAGUCGCCAGGCCGAGUAAGUGGCCAGUGACGUUCCAAGUACCAGAAGCUUACCGGCGGCAUCAAUGGCGUCCUCUGCUGCAUGUUUGACAGAAUCCCGUAUGCUCUCGCCAAACAUGACGACUGCUGGCUUGAGAAUGCCGCCGUUGCUAGGAAGCGCCCAGGCACCUUCGCUAUCUGUCUGGACAAUCUCACUCGUCUUGUCCUCUAGUUUCUUAGGGUUCUCCAAGCACUUGGGGCACGGCGGAUACCUAAACGUGGUGUAUGGGGCGUCUGGUAGAUCGACAUCGCCAUCAGGAUUGCUCCGCAUGCCUAGCUUGUUGCGAGCCGUAGGAUCUUCGGUAUUUAAGGCGCCCGAGGCAAGGACCUCUUGCAACAGCUCGUCCCAGCGCGGGUUGAGCCUCGACAGCUCUUUCUGGAAGUCUUGGCGAGGGAACUCAGAAUGGCAGCUCACGCACACAGUGGACCGUAGGUACCCGUGCAAUUCGAUAAUGGGAACAUCUGAAUGCGCUUGCUGGUGAAACGAGUCGACAUUUUGCGUAAUCACGCUUCGGACCAGGCCAAGACGAGCGAGAUCUCGAAUGGCAUAGUGGCCCGGGUUCGGGGCCGCUCUGUCCAGCGUCGAGAGGCCGAGGAAACUUCGGGCCCAGUAUCGUUUGCGAGCCUCGUGAUUGUGGAUAAACUCAUGAUAAUAAAUUGGGCGGUAGCUCUUGUUGACGCGGUAUGUGCCCUUGGCGCCUCUAUAGUCGGCGAGGCCAGAUGCAACGGAGAGACCUGCGCCGGUCAGGACAACGGUUGACGGCGGAAGAUUCCGCGGGGCUGGUGUGGUGAAGAACUUCUGGAGAGCGGCAACAGCACCAGGCAGUGAUUCUGCAGAGGCUGGUGUCAGGGUUGGCGGAGCGAGAAGGUCGGUAUACGGGAUGCGCAUCACCGGCUUUCGCAUUGGGGCGGCCAUUGUGAUACGAUUACGACCCGGGAGCGGGAACGGACAGGAUCGCAAAAUGCGAUGCUCCGAUUGGUCACCUAAGUAAAAGUAGAACCAGGGGAAUAUAACGGCUGAUUCUGCUGAUGGUGCUGUUG